GCCGACGACUAACGAACGCCGCUCGGGGUGAGGGCACGCGGGGCAGGGAUGACCCCACCAACCAGAGAUCCGAAUGCGAGCCAUACUGAACGGACGUUAUUUUGCUCAUUUAUUUUUCUUUUCUCUAAAAUUCCUAGUUAUGUACUGUGUUUUGUUCUAUAUUUCCAAAUAAAAGUAUAGUGCAUUAUUAAACCAUUUUUAUUGGAGAAAACCACUACAAACAAUAACAAAGUGGUCCUUCGAGCCGGAUUUGAUGCUCCGUACACCAAAGAUGGUAAACACACGUAGUACUACAAGACGUGAAAAGGAAAGAAAAGAAGAAGAAGUUAAACAGACUUCAAUCCAGCAGCCGCAGACACCUGUAAAAGAUGAAGAACCCAAAAAACCGAUCGACAAGACUAUUAUUUUAGAAACGGGUAGUCAGAUAAAAUCCGUACAUUCCGAACAAAAAAAGAACGCGAAACCGCCAAGUCAUUGUUCUCGCAAAACCGGGAAACAGAGUUCUAAAAAGUCGUCAUCGUCGUCUAUUGUGGCACAAAGGAAGAAGCUGGAGCUGCAAGCAGCUGAAGCAAAAGCUCGCAUACAAAUGGACUUGAUAGACAAAAAACUACAAGUAGAUCUCGCCAACCUUGAUGAAUACAGUCCAUCUGAAAAUUCUGAACCGUCAGAACAAGACCAACAGUCAGUUAAAAGUGAUGUUGCUAGGUGGGUCGAGCGCAGCCAGCUGGAACUGGAGUCACAGCACGUCCCCGAGACUGGAAAUAACCCGGACGCGUCGUGUUCGUCGGCAGCAGUGGUCGCCGGCACCGAGUUGCCAGUUCAGGAGUUAGCCAGCGCACUAAAGGAAUUGGCCACCGUAUCUGCAUCCAACAAUAACCAAAACGCAAGAUUGCUGAGCCGCAUCAGCACUCCGAAGGAACUGCCUUUGUUCUACGGUGAACCAAUGGAGUGGUUACAAUUUAAACAAGCUUUCGAAGAAUCGACCAGAGUGUGUAGUUUCAGCGAUAUCGAAAAUAUGUGGCGUUUAAGAAAGUGCCUCCGUGGACCCGCCAAGGAAUCCGUAAAUGCGCUGCUUAUUAGUGGCACAUCAACUGAAACUCUGAUGUCAACACUGGAGUUACAAUUUGGAAAUCCGGAAUUAAUAAUAUCGCGCAUGUUAAUAGAAAUUAAAAAAUUACACGCGCUGCCACCAGAAUACCACAAAGAAAUAGUUACGUUUUCCGUGAAAAUAAAAAAUUACGUCACAGCUGUUCGUGCCUUAGGUCGCGGAGAGUACCUGCAAGAAAUGAGCAUAGUCGGCAUUAUCUUAUCUAAGCUACCUACGGUGUUGCUACCCAAGUGGAACGACUACAGUUACGCGCUAAUUAAAGAGAGAACUAAAUCUAAACUAGAUAUCCUCUCCGAGUUUCUCCACGAAGAAGCUAUGAAAGUGUCAACCUGCAGUGCAUCUCUUAUUCAAGUUCGAUCAGACUAUAAACGUAAAACCUAUAGUGAAAACAGUGACUAUAAACCGCAAACUAUUUUAGUUCAAAGUGCGCAUACGAACAGUAAUAAUAAGUGCCGCUUUUGUCGCGUAGGAACUCAUAAUUUACCAGAAUGCAAAAAGUUUAAAAAGUCACUACGCAAGGACCGUUGGCAGUAUGUAAAACGAUUCGGUUUGUGUUAUAAGUGUUUAUUAUCGCACCAUGAUAGACAAUCGUGCACGGCCGCCGUUUGCGACGUGGAGGGGUGCGGGCAAGCGCACCACCGGCUACUGCAUUACGUAUCGGGUCAAAGUUCACGUUCGACUCCUUAUAACGUCGUAGAAGUAUCGGAUACUAGUGCUCAAACAGAAACUGUUACGCAUAUAAACGUUAAUCAUCGCGAAGUGCUAUUAAAAGUCGUGCCGAUAUAUCUUCAUGGACCUAACGGUAAAAUAAAAACGACCUGUAUGCUUGAUGAUGGAAGCAGCGUGUCUUUCAUAAGCACGGAACUCGCGGAGCGCGCGGGGCUGCGCGGGCGCAGACAGUGUUUAAAUGUUCGCGGCGCUUGGGUCAAUUCAGAACUAAAGUGCGAAACACAGCUGAUCGAUUGCUCGAUAUCUAAUAGUGACGGGACAAUGCUCAACUUAACCGCGCGUAGUGCAAGCAAUCUGGACUUACCUGUACAAAACCUUGGACUUGUUAAGUGCGGUAAUUUCAAGUACCUAGACCGUAUAAAAAACUAUUUGUGUGCUGAAAAUCAGAAACCUGAAAUUCUUAUUGGACAAGACAACUACCACUUGCAUGUGCCGCUCGAGGUCGUAGAGGGCGGUCAAAAUGAACCCUACGCGACUCGUACUCCGCUUGGCUGGUGCGUGCAUGGUCCAUGUCAACGUGCAACUGUAAUGAAACAAAGGGAAACACACACUUCAUUACAUCUUAGUCAUAACUAUGAGCAAGAUAUUUCAACUGAGAAUAAUCAAAUUCUACGUGAACUGCAAGAAGAUAUGCGUCGAUCUUUCUCCAUCGAUUCAAUGGGCGUAUCUGCUAAACCUCGGCAGAACUCGGAGGACGUACUGGCCCAGGAGCACCUGGAACAAACCUCUGAACUUAUCGAUGGCCAGUGGCAAGUCGGCUUACCUUGGAAGGAUCCUUACUGUGUCACCGUCGACUCAUAUCCAAAUGCGUUAUCACGACUGAAAGGAGUUGAGCUAAAAAUGAAAAGGAGUGAAGAGUAUGCACGAAGGUAUAAAGAACGCAUACAACAUUUGUUAGACAAUAAAUACGCUGAGAAACUGAAUAAUCCAGUCACAUCUACUAGAACGUGGUACUUACCUACUCAUGGCGUGGAUAAUCCAAAUAAGAAGAACCUCCGUUUAGUUUUUGAUGGAUCAGCUAAAACAAAAGGGUUUAGUCUAAAUAGCUACCUAUAUAAAGGUCCCGACCUACUAGUACCAUUAAUAGGAAUCAUGUGGCGAUUCCGCGAAAACAAGGUCGCGAUCUCUGGCGAUAUCAAGGACAUGUUUCUCAGAGUUAAAAUAAAACCCGAAGAUCAGCAAGCCUUACGCUUUCUAUACAGAGAUAAGCCCGAAGAUCCUAUAGAUACUUACCAGAUGACGUCACUCAUUUUUGGAGCAAAUUGUGCGCCGUUCAUAGCACAAUUCAUCAAAAAUAAAAAUGUGCGACGCUUCGAAUCUACAUAUCCAGAGGCGGCUAAUGCUAUAUACACGCAACACUACGUCGACGACUACAUCGACAGCUUACCUGAUGAAGAAACUGCAAUAAAGCUAGUCCGUGACGUCACCUAUAUACAUGCGCGAGGCGAUUUUCAUAUACGCAAUUGGAAUAGCAACAGUCAAACCGUCAUUAAUAGCAUUCCAAAAGAGACUCUCGGUAACAGCGCAGUAAGGUUCAAAGUUGGACAACAGUAUGAGGGCGAGCGAACACUUGGAUUGUUGUGGGAUCCCAAUGAAGAUACGCUCAGGUUCGAUGUCUCGCUGAAAAAGUUAUCUGAAAAUAUAAUCAACGGGAAUGAAAGGCCUACGAAAAGGGACAUUUUACGAGUAGUAAUGUCGAUUUUUGACGUGUUUGGAUUUUUAGCGUCUUUUACCAUAAAUGGAAGAUUAAUUGUUCAGUUAACGUGGCAUUUACACGUAACUUGGGAUGAACAAGUACCUGACGUCGUCUACGAAAAAUGGCUCAAAUGGAUUAAUCAAUUAAAAUUAAUGCGAAAAAUACGUCUACCAAGAUAUUAUCCUCAUGCCGCUGCAAGUGCGAAAGAGAUACUCACAGAGUCUUCAAGUGCGAGCGAGAUAGUAACAGAUACCGUGAGUGCGAGCGGGAUGCGGCUAGUACCUGUUAUCAGUGCAGCGGGCGGCGAUGCGCCUGCACAGAAACAAGAUUUAUUAACUAUCAAUAGUUAUAAAGAUCUACAACUUCAUUUAUUUUGCGACUCGUCGAUGAAAGUUAUGUGCGCAGUAGCAUAUUGGCGUUGGCAAGAAAACAACAUAGUUCGCACGGCAUUCAUUUCCAGUAAAUGUCGUGUUGCAGGCCUGAAUAAAUCGACUGUGCCCCGAUUGGAACUGAAUUCCGCAGUCAUGGCAGCACGAUUGGCUGAAACGAUAAUUAAGGAACAUAGAAUAAAACCAGAUCGUCGUAUAUUUUGGUGUGACGCCACAGUGGUUCUGUACUGGAUACGAAACAACGCGCGUACAUACAAACCUUAUAUCGCGAACCGGCUUGGUGAAAUAGAUGAUUUAACGCACGCGAGCGAGUGGAGAUAUGUACCUACGCACCUAAAUGUCGCCGAUAUACCUACCAGAGAAGCAUACGACCGUUGUGAGUUGCCUACCGAGUGGAUCCAAGGACCUGCAUUUUUACAAAAAAGUGAGAACGAGUGGCCACAAAAUAUUUUGAACGCCGAAGUAAACAAUGACGAUUUAGAAUGUGUUAUGACAAUGACGUCAUGCAAUAAGGAAAACAUAUGUAUACCUGAGCCUACAAGGUUUUCAUCGUGGUUACGAUUACUCAGGGCUACUCUUAUGAUGUUAAAGUUUAUAAACAAAUGUAGACAUAUAAAUGAAGAGGACAGCGCUGUGAUGGAGAAAGCUGAAAGGUUACUUAUAAAAUAUUCUCAAGCGCAGACGUUCUCUGAAGAAAUCCUGAAACUGAAAAAUGGAUUAACCUUACCUAAAACAAGUAAAUUACUUACCUUAUCGCCAUACCUUGACGAACACGAAGUCCUACGUCUCGGUGGCCGCAUCGACGCCGCUGCUGAAGUCGGACCUGAAAUAAAACGACCUUCGAUUUUGGACGGACGAGACUACAUAGCAAGGCUGCUGGUGAAGCAUCAUCACGUUCUCGCAGCCCACGGGAACCAGGAAACUGUCGUAAACAACCUGAAACAAAGGCAUUGGAUAUUAAGAUUACGACCGACAGUUAAAAAUGUUACAAAAAAGUGCAUGCUAUGUAGAAUUAGAAAAUGUAAACAAGAAAUCCCACGAAUGGGAGACUUACCGCCUGCCCGCGUUGCUCAUCAUCAGCGCGCCUUUACUUACACUGGCGCUGACCUAUUCGGCCCUCUAGAAGUAACUGUGGGAAGAGGAAAACAAAAGAGGUACGGAGUUUUGUUUACAUGUUUAACAGUGAGGGCAGUGCACAUCGAAGUAGUCAACUCACUUACCUCCGACUCAUUUAUAAUGGCUCUUAGACGAAUGGGAGCACGACGUGGUUGGCCGCAGUACCUAUACUCAGAUAAUGGUACCAACCUUCGAGGAGCUGAUGCAGAACUGCGAAAGUCUAUCCAGGAGUUGGACCAGGAGUACCUGAAGCGUGAGUCAUUGAACUAUGGGACUAAAUGGAUAUUUAUCCCACCUGGAAGUCCACAUUGGGGUGGAGCGUGGGAAAGGCAGAUCAGAACUGUUAAGGGGUGCAUGAAGGUCGUGCUGAAAGAGAGAGCCCCCCGAGAAGAGACUUUGUGUACAUUUUUGGCAGAGGUCGAAAGUAUAGUUAACAGCCGGCCGCUUACGCACGUCUCCGUAGAACCUGGAAGCACAGAAACUUUAACGCCUAACCAUUUUCUUCUUGGUUCUUCUUCCGUCUUACCUCACCUUGGCGUCUUUAAUGACUCUGAUUAUUUUCUGAAAAAGCAGUGGAGAAUCGCCCAACGACUGGCUGACUUAUAUUGGAGAAGAUGGGUGAAAGAAAUCCUCCCAGACCUGCUACCACGUAAAAAAUGGACACAAGAAGUGAGGCCCUUACAAGUGGGAGACCUCGUCCUGAUUGUAGACCCUGAUGGUCCUCGAUGCGCUUGGCCAAAAGGUUUAGUAGAACAGCUGAUGCCAGGCAAAGAUGGCCGAGUAAGAGCCGUUAGAAUUAAAACCAAAAGUGGUGUACUUACCCGAUCGGCUGCACGCGUAGCCCGUAUACCAAUAGAUGGUGAGUGCUGCUAAGCAGCACUGGGGUGGAGGAUGUUGCCGACGACUAACGAACGCCGCUCGGGGUGAGGGCACGCGGGGCAGGGAUGACCCCACCAACCAGAGAUCCGAAUGCGAGCCAUACUGAACGGACGUUAUUUUGCUCAUUUAUUUUUCUUUUCAAUAAAAUUCCUAGUUAUGUACUGUGUUUUGUUCUAUAUUUCCAAAUAAAAGUAUAGUGCAUUAUUAAA